UUGUGUUUGUUGUCAGUUGCUGUCGCAGCACUUAUGGACCAGCAGUUUAAAGUUAUCGACUCCGACGUAGCUGACACAAUGGAGAAGCUUAAGCAGAAAUAUUUGGAGAGGAGGAAACAGUUGUCACCUUCAGAGGACAUUACCUCAGGAAUCAGUGAUGAAGCAGUAGAAGAGCUCAUUUUGACCCACAGAUGCAAACAGCCAAGCAAACAGUUGAAAUACUACAGCAAAGCUUUAAAUGAGCUGUUAAAAGCAGUUAACCACCCCCCUGAACAGUUUGGCAGUGCUCAUAGCCUGCAUGGCAGUAAUGAGGACCUGAGUGGGGACUUUACAGCUUCCCGACUUCAGGACUCUCAGGUGCUGUUUACAGAAACAGAUGUGACCCUGCCUUCCUGUCUGGAUGUUAGCCCUGGGACCCAUGACACUGAGGCAGACAUAGAGUUGCAGAGAGCUCACCAGUUCCCUGACUCGUGCCGCUCUUCAUCGUUAGUACUAGUAAAGGUAUACCAGGAGAUGAUGACCAUCUACGAACAGCUUAAGGCAGAGCGACAAAGCCAGCAGCAAUGGGAGAGGGAGCUACACGAGCGAGAAAGGCGGCUGAAACAAGAGGAGGAGGCUUUUGGGAAGCUGGCCGGACUGGAGGAGAUGCUCCACACUCGCAUACUGGCUGUAGAGAAGAAACACCAGCUGGAGCUCAACCAGCUGCAGGAUCUUCUUCGAGAACGGAGCAAAGAGAACAAGAGACUCAAAUCCAGCUUUGACACCAUCAAGGAGCUGAAUGACAACAUGAAGAAACAGCUGAAUGAGAUCAGUGAACAGAAUAAGAAGUUGGCGAGCCAGUCCAAGAGGGUGCAGGCUCGACUUGAGAACCUUCAGAGGAAAUACGAGCACAGCAUAGCAUCAAGAGGCUGUGAGAAAGGAAGUUUUAAAAGCACCAAGUUCAUUGAACCUUCCAAAAAGGAGAGAACUGCUGCUUCUGGCAAACCUAGCAACAAGGGCAGCUUCAGUCCCACUCCACUGAAGCUCCUGGCCCUUUUAUUGGACUGGGCACUUGAUGGACAGACGUUUUCAUCAGUAGCAGGAAACGAAGGGAAAGGUGUAGGCCAGUGUCCGCCUCCAGAGGUUGUGCUCAGCGAGAGAUGCUUCAAGGUGCUGCCAUUAUUAGCAGAUCAGCUUUAUCACACUCCUUUGUCGGAACCGGACCUCCUCCUCAGCCUUCUUCGCUUCAUCCACUGGGCUUUGAGAUACAUGGACAAAAGCACACAGCAUCUAGCACUAUCUGCCACUCUGCGGCGGAUAGGAGAGGAAGUGUCAAAGCCUGCAGCCCAGUCAACAGUGCUGCAAUAUGAAGAUCUGGACCUGCCCAAGUCCUGCAGUGAGGCAGCUUCAGGAACCUUCAGGAACUGGCACCUUUACCAGAGUCCAUGUCCCCACACACGUAUUCUCUCCAACCUCAUCGUCCUCCGCACUGUCACACAAGCUGAUGUACUGGCCCAGGCUCUGGACAGCCUCCAUACAGAGCUGAUGUCUGAGGAGAGCCGAGGCCUGUUCAUCCACUAUGGAGGAGUGUGCGUGCUACUGACCGUAUUACGGGCCAGCCGUGGAGGUCUACACACAUCUACAGACAUCCUCAUGCAGCUAACCGAACAGUCCCGCUACCUAAAUCCCUUCCUGGAGGCAUGUAGCUGUGAGGAGUUUUUCCGAACAGCGUCCCAGCUCCUUAAACACCCUCGUCUGGAGCUCCCGUUACUGGAGAAGCUCUCUAUCCUUUUGCAGAAGCUCUCCAGCAUCAGGAAGAACCGUCGUCUGUUUGAGCUGUCCUCUCUCCACCAUCAGAUACAAGAGCUGUAUCACAAAACCAACUACACACACACAUUCCUCUGCCUCAACCUCAGGUCCAUUCUUCUCAACCUUAAAUAAAACACACACAUACUCACAUGUGUUUCUCACCCUCACACUGGAUCCAAGGUUUCUUUAAAAGCUAAGGCUUCCCAGUAAAGACAAAAAUGUCUUGCCUUGUAUUUCACUACUUGAGCACGUUGCUCGGUCUUUCAUGUGUGCUCAAAGUGUAAUUACCACAUUUCCAACAGUACAGUUCUUUAGAGCUCCAUCCUGCUCUACCUCAAAUAACAUAUGCAGACUCACAUUCUUUAUUUAUAUAGUGAUAUGUUUUUGAAGUUCUUUUGUCUGUCAGAAGCACUUUGUUAACUUUGUGUAUGUUUUGCACUUUGUGACCCCUCUGUUUUUGUGUUCCACGAUGUUAAUCUGAUGUUUUGUCUUUUUCUGUGAUGAAAAACCUUUUUUAAAACGAGUGGCAUGCUUGCCAGUGGCCUUAAUGGGUGUCUCAUGUGCACAGAGGAAGAGAGGCUGUGACUGUGAAGCUUUUUAAUGGCAAUAAACAAAAAGAACUGAAGAA